CAGUGGGCAAGCUCUCUAUCUCUCUCUAUUCACACUCAGUGCUGAAGGCUUCUCAGUGGCGGAGCGGUGGAAGUGAGAGGUGGUUUUGCUUUGAAAGAGGCAAGAAGGGAAAAGAGGAGAGACCACAACGAAAACCACAGAAUGGGAGUCUGCUGCAAGAGCAAAUCCUCCUAGAGACAGAGGAAGCAGUGGCCACUGUACAGCAACACUGUUCAUCAACAUACAGAGAUCUAAGAUGAUUGACAGUCGGCUGUCAGCACAGAGGAGGGAGAUGAGGAGCCUACCCGCAGACAGAUGCCAGCAUAAGACAAGUACCUACAUUGUGCCCUGCUUCCUCUUUGUGGAGCUGGUCAUCAUGGCAGGGACCGUUUUGUUGGCAUACUACUUUGAGUACACGGACACAUUCCCCGUGCACAUCCAGGGCUUCUUCUGUUUCGAUAAAACCUACUCCAAGCCGUACCCAGGACCAGAGGACAACAGCAAGGCACCGCCCGUCCUCGUCUACUCCCUCGUCACCGCCAUCCCCACUGUGACGAUUCUGAUCGGAGAAGUUACCAGCUUUUUUGUCAAGACAGAGGGAGCUCAGGAGAAGACCAUAGUGACCGCUGACUGCUGUUAUUUCAACCCUCUCCUCCGUAGGAUCGUACGCUUUCUAGGUGUCUACUCCUUUGGCCUCUUCACCACCACCAUAUUUGCCAAUGCAGGUCAAGUGGUGACCGGAAACCAGACACCUCAUUUUUUGUCUGCCUGCAAGCCAAACUACACAGCUCUGGGAUGCCAGUCUCCGUUGCAGUACAUCACAGAGCGCCGAGCCUGCACAGGAAACCCAUACCUGGUGGCAUCCGCUCGCAAAUCUUUCCCCUCCAAAGAUGCAGCGCUCAGCUUUUACUCAGCCAUCUACACAGUGAUGUACGUGACCCUGGUUUUCCGGACCAAGGGGACCCGUCUUACCAAGCCCACCCUGUGCCUGGUGCUACUGUCUCUGGCCGUGCUGGUGGGAGUUGUUAGGGUGACUGAACACAGAAACCAUUGGAACGACGUCCUGGCUGGGUUUGUUGCCGGGGGCGCCAUUGCUGCUUUUCUGGUGUCAUGUGUGAUCAACAAUUUCCAGCAGACCCAACUAGCAGGGCAUACUCUACCACCUCCACAGCGCCCAGAGCCCCCCAUCGGGAUCCCUAUGCUCAGCCUGCCCCGCGUGGAGAGUCCACUCGAAAAGUUAAGUGGCCUUCAGGCUCCAGGGCUACCGUAUUCUGAGAUCACAUGACCAUCAGCCAAUCCCGUCCCCCACCCCUCCCGAUGUGCUCCUCCCCUCACGGCGUUGCCUCACCAGCGCAGUCUAGACCUGCCCUCUGAAUUGCCCAAGCCCUGCC